AUGGAUGCGCAAAGUAGCGAGUGCAGUUUUGUCGACCAUGGCCAGGAGGUCGAGCUGGGCGUGGGGGCGCGGCCGGAGUGGAGCGUAGACAAGCCGGGGGGCGCCAUGUGCGACGACGAUGAUGAUGACGACGACGACGACAGCGACAUCGCGGUGGGCGGCGAAGUACUGCGGAGCGUAGAGAACGUCUCCAACGCCGCGUCCAUCUCGGGGGAGGCGUCUGGGCUGUCGGCCGCGAUGCGGAAGGCAGCGCUGCACGCCGAACGUCUGCUGCGGGCAAAUCAGCAACUCGUGGGUGAGAAUGAGGCACUCACGAAGGCCAACUCCGCCCUUGCGGCGUUGAAUCAAUCACUUACGCGCCACAACGACGCAUUUGCGGAAGCGCUCGCGUCGCUUUCGCGGAAGCAGGAGUUUUCGCAGCACGCCCUUGUAGAGCUGUCGCGCGAGGUGCGCGAAAUCAAGGCGGCGGUGAAGUUUCUGGUGGAGGUGGCCGCAAAGGGCGGCCAGGCUGUGGGUCCAAGAGAGUGA